AUGGUUCCUCCGCCACCUCCCCCUCCACCGCCACCACCUUCAGGAUCUGUCCCGAACAUUGCGUCGUCCAAGUUGCUAAAUCCUUCUGGAGAAGUUACACACUCAACCUCAGCUAAGCCAGACGAAAGUCGCAAUUCACUACUUUCAUCUAUUCGUGCUGGAAAGCAGUUAAGGAAGACAACGACAGUUGAUAAAAGUGGUCCGCUUCUGCCAAAAAAACAAACAAGCUCGGAUUCAGGGAGUCGUACGGAUCAAGUUAGUUCCCGUGGCCCUGCAAAUCUUGGUGGGUUAUUUGCAGGUGGAAUGCCGAGUCUGAGACCAACAAAUAGCCGCUUUUCAUCGGCUGCUAAUACAGGUAAGCCUACAAGCGAUCAGCCGCCGUUCAUGAAAUUUCCGUCAAGAUCAUCUGACCAAAUUUCAGUAAACCAGACAAUUGGAACGGAUAAUAAAUCUCAGGUUCCACACUUCUCUAAUAGAUCCGCCAUUGAGUCACAAUCAGCGACUCCAGCGACAAGAAUUCAACGUAAUCGCCCUAGUGAAAUAUCGUCAACAUCUCAACAAACUGUAAGUGAGCCAUCCAAUAUAGCGUCUACAAUGCCAUCAUUUUCGUUACCUGAUAGAAUUCCAAUGAAUUCUGGAAGUUUCAUGACAUUUGAAGCGAAAUCUAAGGCACCUCUUCCUCCAAAAAAUCACCAUGAUUUGAAAGAGACUUUCCGUGCACCAACGAGAGCAGCCCCGGAUAGACCUGCGCCAUUUCCUCCAGCAACAACUCGACCUGCUCCAGACAGGCCACCACCACCACGACCUAGUUCAAGACCCCCACCUCCGCCGCCUCCUAGGAAGAAAUAA